CUGCUUUUAUGCACUGGCUGACACAAUUUAUGAGGUCAGACCGCACUAGCGGAUGUCUGGUUUAUAUAAACACCCAAACAAACACGGCUGCUGAGCUGUUAACAAUUUUUUUAUUUGUUUCUUGAUCAUAUUUAGUGAGUGCACGGAUAGGCCUAUAUAAUCUAGAGGCGGCACGACACACAAAAAAGGAAAAGGGGAGGUAUCGUUGCUAUGACGACCAUAAAUGCUUGUUGUCAGUAGCAACCUAAGUGGAGCUAGUACUUGGAGGCUUUGUUUAGCUGUUAUAUUGGCUAGCAAACAGAUAACUACGUUAUAAAAAUCGCUUAAUUCAUAAACAAUGGACUCAAACUCGCUAUGCUAUUCUUUGGAGCUCGUCGCCGGGAGCGGGCAUACUUUAAACGUCGAGCAAAGAACUGCUCUGCAGACUUCCUUGGUGAUUCUGAAGAAAAACUACAAGUUCCAUCGAGUCUUGUUUUGGGGCAAAAUACUGGGAUUAAAGGAAGAUUAUUUCAUUGCUCAGGGAAGAGGAGAAGAUGAGCUGGAAGAUAAGAAGAAUCUGUAUAGCUUCAACUGCAUGGACUGGUUCCUGUUGCCCCUUGCCACAGACAGUAUGAUUGAGCAAGUGUCCAAAGCUGCAAAGGGUCGCUUCAUAGGAGACCCCUCACAUGUGUAUGAGCAUCUUGAGAUCCACAAGCAAGGAGAGGGGGAUAAAGCUGAAGAGGAGGGGAUAGUGACCAAAGUCAAAGAGGAGAACCGACUAGCAGUGACUGUUCAUCAGAUCGACGAGGAAGCAUCUGUGGUACCUCGUGGCGCCUUUGUCAAGAAUCCACAUGGCCUUGUCCAGAUGAACCGUACCUUUGGUGGUCUGUCUCAGUCAGAGGCAGGGAAGCUUGACAGUUUCUUUCACUUCUGCAAACCAAAGAAUCUGAAUAAAAAAUCCAUCCUGGAGAUGGGUGAACUGAACCCAGCUAUUGACUUCCUGGAUGUUCUGAGUGAUGACAUUCCUAAAGGGUCAUGGAGUCUCCAGUUUGAAUGUGCCAGCAGAGCAUGUGUACUUCGCAGCCUGUUGUGGCUUGGCCUGACCUUCUACCAUGUGCCAAUGACGCCACAGCACGGAUACAUUUACAUCGGUGAUGGGACCAAGAAUUUGGACCUUCCCUUCAUGCUAUAAAAAGAGAUAUCUUAUUGACUUAUUUGAAGCUACAUGUUUUCUUUGUUAAUACUAUGUCACAAAACCAAAAUAUUAAAGCCAGCAACACUCCUACAAUGCAAUAUAUACUCAUCCAAAAAUU